CAGCUGCCUUGGUGCGCAUUAAAUCGUAUGCGAAACAAAAUAUCAAACGGCGGUUAAGAGUACGACUCUCCGCUGCCAAAUGAAGCAACGGCAAUAAUACCAACACGAGUGAAAAUCCAAAACUAUUAUAGAUGGAAAUAAAGGAGAAAGAGCCGGCGCCAGAGCGGAAGCGGGAGCGGGAGCGGGAGCGGGUGGGGUGUUGGUAAUGGUCGAUAAAUAUGGCGUGGCUGUUGUUAACAGCCCUCAUUUCUGCCCCCAUCGUCCAAGCAAUCGAGCAUGGAUGACUCCCAUUCCUCUUUCGGAGCCUUCCAGCUUCCGGUCGGAUAUCACUUCCGCCCGACCGACGAGGAGGUCAUCGAGUUCUUCCUCUUGCCAAGAGUGCUUGGCCGUCCUCUCACGCCGCACCUGAUCCACGAAUUGGACAUCUUUCGUUACGACCCCGAACAGCUCCCACUUGAUAGAGACGAAGAACCGAAGGGUUGGGGAUACUUCUUCGUUUUUGGGAAGCUGGGGGAUGAGGAAGGAGGAGGUGAUGGUGUACGUACAACUCCUGCUGGGUAUUGGAAGGUCCAGGGCGCAGAGAAAGUUAUCAUGGAUCGAGAGGAAACGGAGACCAUGGGGUUUAUGAGGGAGAUGGUCUUCUAUAGAGGAAAAGCACCGAGCGAGGAGAAGACCGAUUGGGUGCUGGAGGAAUAUCGGCUCAAUCCGGCUCUGAGCGAGCUGAAGAAUCCCCAUGAUACCAAGAUGGAUAACUGUCUCCUAUGCAGUGUUCAUAAGGAAAAUACUCAACUUGAUUCGGAUUGAUAAAAAAGCGGAAUUUUGAAGAAAUGCAAACUGCCAAGUUAAAUACGGAAAGGACCAAAAAUGUUACGGAGCAAUGGCGUACUUCGUAAAGAAAAAAGUAGAAUUCGUUCUUUUUUGGAGGGGUGAGGAAAGCACAAUUAGUUUUCAGCAUAUGACUUCUGUUUUGAUGUUCAUCCUUUUGUUCAAUGAACUGUGAAUAAUUUUUCCUUAGAUGCAAUGAUAAGAAUUCAUCUGCGAUGUUGAAA